AUGCGUGGCGUCCGCAGCGAAGACAAGAAGCGGAAGCCGUCGCGCGACUUCCCGGCGCACGCGCAGGUGCCGGUCGGCAAGGUCCACCCCAAUGGGGUCUCCUCCAAGGUGCGCGUGGAGCUCAACACGUCGGCGCCGUCUGUGCCGCCGAUGCGCGACCCGUUCCACAUCCUCAACUUUGACGAAGACGACGGCACCGGCCGGUCCAUGCCGCGCACGGGUUCCGUCAUGUCGGUAGAUUCGGUCUCCUCCAUGCUGUCGGUGGACGAGUCGUUCCAGUUCUCGGGCGUCGAUGAGAUGGAAGAGGACGAGGAGGACGUGUCGAAACUCCCGAAGGACCAGCGGCCGGCGCAACCCGCUGACGAGCGCGAGUACUUCGAGCGCAUGUGGGCUGAAAACUUCAAGAACUCGGAGGCGCAGGUCAACAGCACCACCGGGUACCUGCCGGUGGGCGCGGCCGGCCGCCUGAACCGCAUCAAGGGCUUCUCCUUCGCGCGCGACUCGGUGUCGCACAAGCUGUACGCUGUCUUCCGGCUGGAGAUCGAGUGCAUCGUGAGCGAGAAGCAGUGGACGAUCUACCGCCGCUUCCACGACUUCAAGCAGCUCGCGCACCAGCUCAAGAACGAGUCGGUGCGCGUGUCGGCGGUGCCCACGCGGACGCUGAUGCGGUCGCUGGACCCGAAUUUCCUUCGGAAGCGGCAGCUUGAGCUCGACAGGUGGCUGCGUGAAGUCCUCAUGCUCAUCAGUCUGGAGAACUGCAAAGUGGACACCGAGCGCUACACGGAGUGCUGUGGGAAUCGCGGCUUCCACGCAAGCGUGCGUCUCAUCCGCAACUUCCUGACGCACAAGGCGAACGAGCCGCCGAUUUUCGAGGAAUCGUCGUCGUCCUUGUCGUCGUCGGGGUCCAACGUGCUGUCCAACUCGUCUAGUGGCUUUUCCUUCUCGAAUUCGGGGUCGGGUCGGCCGCCGCUGUUUAGCUCAGCAGAACAGAAAACCGACUCGGAGUCGUUCGACAUGGAGGAGGCUACGAGCAGCUCACGUGGACGGAGAAUCCGUGUCGGCUCUGCCGACCAGCUGUCAACAAGUUCUCGUGGUGGCCGCGUACGAGUAGACUCGGCCGACCAGGGUAGCUCGCGUAGUGGUAGAGCGCGUGUUGCUUCAGCUGAUCAUGGUAGAUCGCACUCGCGUGGAGAGAGGUCCCGAGGAAGGUCGUUGCCGAAGGAAGAGCAUAUGGAUGACGGCCGGGCCGCGCCCUUUAAUGCGUCCACGGUGGCUGAACAGCGACGAAGUGUGGUGCUGCAGGAUGUCGAGGACGACGAUGAAGAAUUUGAUGGCGAGGGGUCCAGGCGACGAAGUAACAAGGUCUCGCUUAAGCAGUUCGACGUGUUGCGUAUGAUCGGCAAAGGAUCUUUUGGCAAGGUGCUGCUGGUGCGGAAGAAGCAUUCAUCACAAUUGUUCGCCGUCAAGAUUCUCAGCAAGCCAGCGAUCGUGAAAAAGCAGCAAGUCGAGCACACGCGCACCGAACGGCGCGUGUUGGCAGCGGUGUCGCAUCCGUUUGUAGUGUGCCUACACUAUGCCUUCCAGACGAAGGACAAGCUGUACUUCGUACUUGACUACUGCCCCGGUGGAGACCUUUUCUUCCACCUCAGUCGAUGCGGAUGCUUCCCUGAAGCUAUGGCGAAGUUCUACGCGGCUGAGAUCGUUCUGGCGCUGAUCCACUUACACGAGCAGGGCAUCGUAUACCGAGACCUCAAGCCAGAAAAUAUUAUGCUGGAUGUGGAUGGCCACGUGAAGCUUGCAGACUUUGGUCUGGCCAAGGAGGGCAUCACCAGCGAACUCAAUGGGACGUACACGAUGUGUGGUACGCCCGAGUACUUGCCACCUGAGAUUCUAAACCGUGCCGGUCAUGGUACAGCCGUAGACUGGUGGAAUCUGGGCAUGGUGCUUUACGAAAUGCUAACGGGGCGGCCGCCGUGGUACACGCAGGACCGACAAGAGCUGUUCAACCGUCUCCGUGGCGCGCAGCUUGAAUUUCCUCAAGGUUUGACGCCGGAGGCGAUGAACCUGAUUGAAGGGCUGCUCACGCGUGAUCCAGCCAAGCGCCUUGGUGCUAUCGAUGUGCGUGAGAUCACGUAUCACCCCUUCUUCGCGGAGAUCGACUGGAAUCUGCUGUAUAAUCGCCAGGUGCAGCCACUGUACCGCCCAUGCCAGUACACAGACCCCAUCGACGCUGCCAACUUCGAGGAAGAGUUUACGAAGCUGCCUCUCACCCAGAUCGACAGUGCCGGUCUCAGUGUCGCUACGAGCGAGCUGCAGGAGAAGAAUGGCGACGAUGGAACUUCUGGGGCCGACGGAAGGGACCCAGCUGAAAACGCUGCCGCUGCUGCUGAGGCAGCGGGCAUGGGAGCAGGUAUGCCCAACGGCAUGGCUGGAAGCACCGGCACGAGCAUGAGCAGCAGCGAGCGCAACAGCACGCUCCGCAACCUCUCGUACACGUUCGCCGGCUUCACGUACGAUGGCACGAACCCGUCCUUGGCGCGCUCAGGCAGCUUCGCGCAAUCAUAA